AAGUGUAGUAUUGAUAAGACUCCGAUGAUCGCACUGCACGACACAUUUACCGAAUACACCUCCCAGUGCCUACUUCAGCCCUUUCGACGGCACUAUCAAAUUCAAGCCAGGAAAAAUUCACGAAAGGUGCGGGAAAAUGGUCGUAAGAAACGUGGAAGCCGGCUCAACCGUGGGCAUCACAACGGAGAAAUCAGAUGCAGUCCUGAGCGUGGAUGAAUAUGCCUCGACUGGUACAGACGGUCACUGGACCGGGUUUCCUAAGACGUCGGGUCAAUCUCUUUCGUAUUGGUUGCAAGGCGUGAGAGCCGAUCCGCUGCUGGACCACAGGACAACGGCCGCACUGCCGUCUUAUGCCGACACGGUCAUUAUCGGUUCCGGUAUCACGGGGACACUGGUAGCGAAGCACCACUUGGAGGCUUGGCCGGAGAAGAGUGUCGUCGUGCUCGAAGCUCGCGAGUUCUGCAGUGGAGCGACGGGCAGGAAUGCCGGGCAUUGCAAACCGGAUCAAUGGAGAGGAUUCGGCAAGUACGAGAAAAGGUUUGGUGCUGAACAAGCCAUGAAGAUAUUGCAGAAUGAGCAAAAGACUUGGGAGGACUUGGUCAAGUACGUCCAGGACGAGAAAGUUGACUGCGACCUCUGGGUGGGAGACACCCUCGACGUACCGAUGACCAAAGAAGUCGCCGACAUGUCCAAGCAUGUAUUCGAGCGCUACAAGGUCGCAGGUGGCAAAGUUGACCAUAUUAAAGUGACUCUCGACCCGGCCGAAGCAGCCUCAAUAUCGCGAAUCAAAGAAGCUCAAGCCUGCUUUGCCUGGCCGGCCUCAACCCUCCAACCAUGGAAACUAACUGCACACAUCAUGCGUUCCAACUUAUCCAAAGGCCUCAACUUCAACCUCCAAACCUACACUGCAGCCCGGAAGGUCGUCCGAAGUGAGGAGAACCUGGACAAAUGGGUCGUGCGAACCGAUAGAGGUAAUAUUGAAUGUACGCGCGUGGUCCAUGCAACCAACGCCUACAGCGCCGCCCUCGAGCCGUCGCUGCGCGGGCUCAUCCGCCCCACGCCACACAUGUGCAACAAAGUCAUCCCGCCCUCAACCUUCGCCGGCUCCAAGGCACUGCAGAACUCCUACGGCGUCCUGCUCCCCGACGGCGCACUAUUCAGCAUUAAUCCGCGGUGCACAGCAGACGGGAUCGUUCUCUUCGGGGGCUCGAACCCAGGCCAGUUGAAAUUCGACGAGUGGCUCGCAAAGCAUCCAGAAAGAUGCACCGACGACAGCCUAUCGGGCAUCAAGGAAGUGACAGAUGCCGUCAAGUCCUUCGCCGAGGAGCAGCUCGAGGGCUGGACUGAAGCGGCCACGGGGCCGGGGCAAUUGUACGAUUAUAGCUGGAGCGGGAUUAUUGGGCGGAGUAAGGACGGGGUGCCGUUUGUGGGGGAGUUGCCGGGGUUGCCGGGGCAGUGGGUUUGUGCGGGGCAUAAUGGACAUGGCAUGGCGAGAGUGUUUACCGCUGCGCCGGGGUUGGUGAGGUUGAUGGCGGGAGAAGAGUGGGAGGAGGUGGGGCUGCCGGAUGUGUACAGGGUUACGGGGGAGAGAAUGGAGAGGUUGAAGGCGGUUGCCAAUGUUUGAGCGAGGGGUUCGCACAGUAUGCGAAUACUUGGGUACAUUGAUAUUAUCAUAUUUCCCGAGUUGAUAUGGGUCUUCAUAAAGUCCUAUGGGGAAGGGAUACGGGGCGAUGUGGUCAAUCCUGAACGUUUCGCAAGGAGAUCUCACACAGAGGCCUCCUAGCUUAAGAGUAGUGCUAACAUGGUUUCUAAAGUUCUUAAGCGCCUGGGUUAUUGGUGUCAUUUCGUCUCCUUCGGCCAAUGCAGGCG